AUGUGGGUGGAACUUAACAAAAAAAAAAAAUAAAUAAAAUAUUUCUCAUUGUCGACAACGAUAUGUAUAAGCCAAGGUAUAUAAACUGGAACCACUGCUGCAACGAAAGCGUUUGUUACCAAAAAGUUUCCAGUUGGUCGGCAGCGCGUAACCAGAACGGCACGCGCGCGAGUCGGUCUCUGUGAAUUUUACUUGUGCCCGUCAUACCAUUCGCUUUGGGUGAUGUGUUAACAUGUCCCCGUGUGUCCGGUUCUAAUUUGUUCCAACAACCACCCCCCAAAAAAGUAGCUGAGGAAUUUUAUUGAUUGUGGAAGAUCGCCAAGAAUAGAAGAAGAACAAGAAAAAUCGACUUGGAUAGAAACCGAUCAUGCGCGGUUUUAUUUACCCUCCUCGUCUGUGAGUGCUGGAGCAAAAGAAGAUCUGACGGUCGGUGUGUGUAUUGUGAAUCGAGUGCCUAUCGGAUAAAGUGCUCGAUCCGGUUACUUGCUGUGCUAUUUACGUUGCAAGCUGACCGUGAGAACCAGUUCAACUCGUUGGGAACACCACCUGUGUCAUCGGCCAGAGGCUCCCGGCUGUUUAUCUUGACCGGACCAAAGUUUUCUCACCAUUUUGAAAUAAAACAAUUCCACGCAAUAAUGGAGCGACGAAACAGCAAAUCGGAUCGGUCGGCCAAGUUACUUCAAUCCAUCCAGCAAGAAGAAAUCGAGACAUUCACUGGCAUCUUAUCGACAGCCACUCCGGAUGAGAUCAACAAAGUCCAUGGAUUCCCGCACGAUAUUACGUGUCUUCAGCUAGCCGUUCAAAAGGGACUGCUGGCGUUUGUGGAGCUUUUAUUGGACGCCGGAGCGGAGGUGAAUGAUUUCAACACCAAGAGGAAACUCUCGUCUAUCCAUCUGGCGAUGAAGAACAACCGACCAGAAAGCCUCGAGCUUCUUUUAAGAUUCGGAGCUAAUGUCAAUCAGCGUGAAGGUGAGGGUCGUACACCUUUGCACAUCCUCAUAGGCCAAUGGAAUAAAAGCGGAUUCGAAGAAUUCCGAUGGUCGUAUUUCGAUUUGCUGCUAUCUCAACCGGCAAUUGACAUAAAUAUCCAAGAUAAUGGCGAAGCCACUCCGCUGGAACUUGCCGUUCACAAGAACUUGAACCAAGUGGUUAAGAAAUUAUUUCAGGCCGGCGCCGUCGUUAAUCAACAUGUCCGCCGAGCGAUGGAAGAGAAAAUGCCAGAUUUACUGGCCGAGUAUCCCGAAGAUGAACGUGCAGCUAAUAAUAAUCCCGACGAGAUCAGCAGCGACUAUUUAGAAUCUGAAAUUUGGAAAGCUCUGAGAAAUAGUAACCAGGAGCGUUUUCAAUCUCUUUUAGACACGGUUCAAGCAGGUGGCGUGGGCACGAGUGUCAACUUGAGCACGUCAACAUCAGAUCACAAUCCAACUCUUCUUCAAUAUGCAUGUAAAUGGCAAAUGCCUUGGGCAGUUUCUUCUCUACUGGCAGCGAGAGUUGAUCCAAAUCAAACCAGCAACAUGAGUUCCACUCCGGCUUUAAUGGAAGCCGUCCUCAGGGGAAAUGUUGAAAUUGUCAGGAUGUUGGUGUAUCAUCCUCACAUUCUUCUAGACGCCGUCGAUCACGUUCAUACCGGUCAGACUGCACUGCACAAAAUCGCUCAAAAACUGCACGACGCCAACAGCGCAGAUGAAAAAGCUCGUUACGUUCAGUGCCUCCAUAUUCUGGUCUCGUCUUCCAGUAUCCAGUCUCGUGACCCAGGCAGCAGUACUACUUUCUCAUCGGUCAACGUCAAUGCGCAAGACGCUUUUGGCAACACAUCGCUCCAUUAUGCCGCCCUCUCUGGAGUGGAGGAGGCAGUGCUGCAAUUACUCAGCAGUGGGGCCAACCUGGGCAUUAAAAACCAUUUGGGAGAGACGGCCGUCAAGAGAAUAAUGCCGUCAACGUUGGAAACAUUUCUCGAUUCGUGUAUUCGAUCGAAAGACGGAGAAGAUGUGUCAUCACAAAACUUUAGCAUCACUUUUGAUUAUUCGCUGCUGGCCCCUCCAAGGCCGAUCCCUCAUCCACCUCAACAGCUGCAACCGUCAGAAACGGGUAUUACAUUUUCCAACCACAAUGAUGCGGUUGAAUCGAUUAGCCUUCACAAUUCACAAGAUGAGGAAGAAAAGAUUUUCCCAGAAUGUGAAGCUCUUUGGCAUUUGAGUACUUCAACCAAACACCAAUAUCUACUUAAACAUCCAUUAGUGACGAGUUUUCUCAUGCUCAAGUGGCACAAUAUCAGCAAAUUCUAUUAUAUGAAUCUCCUUGUUUACGUUUUGACUAUGCUGGUCCUAUCCACCUACAUUUUAUUGCUCCAUUCCGGCUACGAACCGGAAUCCCUUCGGAUCCCGCUGGCAAUUUUGUGGUACGUGCUCGGAUUUUUCAUCACUAUCCUUCUAGUUCGAGAGUUUUUCCAACUAGGCAUCGCUCCACUUCGCUAUCUCUUCAGUCCGGAAAACUACGUUGAAUUGGUUAUGAUGGGAUGCACCGUUGCGGUGCUGGCCCAUUGGGACGAUCCUGAUCCCUGGCGCCACGUCUCCGCUAUCGCCAUAUUGUUGGCAUGGACUGAAGGAUUACUUCUACUCGGUCGCCACCCACAGCUCUCCAUUUUCGUCACCAUGUUCACCACCGUAUCGCUAACUUUUCUGCGUUUGCUCCUCUGGUAUUCCGUCCUAUUGAUCGGCUUCGGUUUGAGCUUCUUCAUCGUCUUUGGUGGCGAGAAUAAAGCGGAAGAUGGCAAAGAAGCUAAAGAAUCAGCUUUUACCAAUAUUCCGGUAUCACUGCUGAAAGUGGUAGCCAUGAUGUCGGGUGAACUGGAAUACGGCGAUUUACCUUUUGAUGCCAGUCCGUUCGUCAGUCGAUUCAUCUUUUUGGCUUUCCUCUUUCUCAUUACGAUUGUCCUGUUGAAUCUGCUUAACGGUAUGGCCGUAUCAGAUACCCAAUCUAUACAGAGCAAGGCUGAGACUAUCGGUUACGUCUCAAGAGUGGAAUUAAUUUCCUAUCUGGAAUCGAUGUUGUUAGGCGAUCCUUUUCAUUUCCUGGUCGACUGGCCGCCUUUUGCCUUUAUCCGUCGACAUUGUCCGUCCUUUAGUCCAUUGUCCAGUCUCAUGCGCGGUAAAUCGCUGCGUCGCUUCAUACGAGCUGAAAGUGCAGUCUUAUUCUAUCGAUGUCUUCCUAAUAAGACAUUUACUGUCUAUCCGCGCCGCAACAACAUUAAUCAGAUCUCCCCCAUCAAUAAUCCUAACGAGCAAAUGAGAACAUUCCGAUUGGACGAGGAUAUUAUACUAAAUGCCUGUCAGAGAGUGCAAGAGAACAAACAACAGCGUUCCCUGCAAGAAAGCAACGCGCAAAUUCUAUCUGAAGUAGAAAGAUUGCACUCGGCUCUACAGCUCUUGCAAAAUCAGCAAUCGAAACUCUUCCAAAUGCUUCAGAAUGGCAGUCAACAGUCGUGAAUUAACGCUCUAUUAGUGGCUUGACUGCUUGAUUGUGUUCCGACUAUUACGCACUAUACUGCCUAUAUACUUUUAAGCUAUAGAAUUGCCUUUCUUGUUUCACAUUUAAUAUUUUUGCAGACCAAAGGUGUUGAAUAAUACUGGAACAAAAUGUAUUGUUAUUGCUCUGCGAGUUUAUACGAAAACAUGAAGACUUCAAUGUGUUUGGCUUGAAAAAAUAUUUCACUUUGCGAAAUAAUAAACUAAAAAAAAUAUUUCAAAUAUUGGAGGUACAAAAA